AUGAUUAGUAAUGAGCUGUAUGAAUAUGUGAUGCUUUCAGCGGGCGACUGGCUACAAGGACCCCAUGUCUAUGCUCUCUACCAGUCCUAUGGCAUGUCCAAGCAUCAAAUCGAGCUGUUGUUCAUCGCCGGUUUUGGAUCCAGCCUGCUGUUUGGAACAGUGAUCGGAUCGUUCGCCGAUAAGUUUGGUCGUCGGAAUAAUUGUGUGAUCUACGGGAUACUGUAUGGAUGCUCUUGCAUCACGAAACAUUUUGCCAGCAUAGAAAUAUUGAUGGUGGGCAGAUUUCUUGGAGGAAUUGCCACCAGCAUCCUCUACUCGGCCUUUGAAAGCUGGCUCGUCUACGAGCACAACAAGCGAGGCUUCUCCGAGAACCUCCUCGGCACGAUUUUCUCCCAUGCAGCUUUGGGGAAUUCGUUGAUCGCCAUUCUGUCCGGGGUCGCCGCGCAGUUUGCGCUUAGCAAUGCCUAUGUGAUUCGUGCACCAUUUGAUUGUCUGUUGAUGGUCUGCAGUGAUGAGUGUUUAUUAUACUUGAAAACCUGGCGGCCGAAAAUUACGGCGAUGAAAAGGCUCCUAGCGAGCACAUUCCUUCAAAGCAUUCGGACAAAUGUGAAUGUGCUCUGUCUGGGACUGGUUCAGUCUCUCUUUGAAGGCUCCAUGUACACAUUUGUGUUGGAAUGGACUCCAGCUCUAUCUCAGGCUACGUUUGCUCCCAUACCACAUGGUUAUAUAUUCGCUAGUUUCAUGGUAGCCACCAUGAUGGGAUCGUCGAUUUUCAAACUUCUCUCCAAGACUAUUCGUCCGGAAAGUUUCAUGCGGUUA